UGCUGAGAAGAUUUAUCAUAAAAAAAUCUUCAAUCUAUAUGAAAAAUCUGUGGUUUAUCGUUUCAACUCUGUGUGGUGUUGGUUGCCUAGGCUUCAAUGGGCAUCAACAACAUGCUCCAAGGGAAAAUUUGUUGGAGCAGCUGUUGAGGGAGAAUUUUCUUGUGGAAAUCCCGUGUAAAGAGGUGCCCACGUGAAUUUGUAUUUGUGCGCGGGAGCUGCGAAUUUUCCACACAAACUCCCCGCUGCGGGGCACAAGGAUUCACCGUGGUGUGCGCGCGUAGAAGGGAGCAACUUCCUACCCCAAUUGCUUCCCACGGAGACUUUCCCAUCAGGAAAGUGUGUCAAAGUUGGGUGAUUUUACAAAUCAAUACAGUGACGGGAAGAUUGAUUUUCCGCGCCACGGAAAAUUCCUGCCACAAUGGAGAGUGUCUAUUCGUCGAGUAGCAGCAAGUUUUCCACAUCAGCCGUUCAGGGGAGGAAGCUUGGUGGGCGGCAGGCGACGAUGGUGUCAGCAGGAGCGAGUGAGGUGCGCCAGAGAAUCCUCUCAGCUAGGCUACUCCGUGUGAAGCAUCUGCAGAAUCAACUGGCAGUGGCACAGCAGCAGAAUUUUGAGUUGAGCCAGGAAAAUCGUAACAUGAAGACACUGAUUCGACGACAGGAGAGUGCUCUGCUCAAGUACGAUGGGGCCAAUGCGGAGCUACCGGCACUCCUGAAUUCCCACGCAGAGGAAAUACGAACGUGGCAUGCAAAAUAUCGGGAUUUGCAGAAGCAGAACAAAGAAUUAACGGCCAAAUUGAAGCAGAAGGAACAAAUGAUCCUCGCAAUUACAGAUGAGAAUAAGCACUUCCACCAGCUUAAUCGAGAUAAGCAUCUGGAGGAGCGAGAGAAACUAACGGCGCGUGUUAGAGAACUCGAAGGACGCCUUGCUGAGAAGGACAAUGAUGCAAAGCUCCUGGCGCGGAAGCUACAGCUCGAGGGGAAGAGCUUCCGCAAUCAAUUGCAUCAGGAGAAUCUCAAAUACCGCGAAGUUUGUCAGAAGCUCGAUAAGGCCACGAGUGAAGUGGCUAGGCUCACAGCACGUGUUGAUGUGGGAGAACGACGGAUGAACGGGGGAACCUUCCUGGUGCGUGGUUAUCAGCAGAGAAAUUUUCUUUUUAGAGAAUCCCAUUCAGCACAAUUUACCACCUCCCUGGCACCAAUAAAUAACUUCCGGGCAAGUGGAUCCUCAUCUGCAACGCCCAAAUCACCCGAAGAGAUCCCCACGCAUCGCCUUGAGAAGCUUCCAGCGGCCGAAAGUGAGGAGAUGCGAAAGCGAAAAGAUGCAUCAAAGAGAGACAUCCGAAAGAUGCAGGAAAUCAUGAAGAAUGCCGAAAGUAGUGGAAUGAGUACAACAAAGAGUAUUUCAAGUGAAGAUUCCGGUGGGAAUGUUAAUGGGCAAGAUCUCCCAGAGGACACUGAGCCCGAUGUCACCACACGGAAGCACGAGGAAACCGAAGAAGUCACGGAAAUUGUCAAGGAGAGUCGAGCCUAUGAAACGGAAGGGAAAGACGAUGAGUUGACGAGGAAAUUCCAGAGAUUAUCCUCGAAGGAAGAUGUGAAGCUCAAUGAGGCAAUUCUCGAUGAGAUUUGUGAGAAUGUCAUCCGGAAUGGAGUUGACACACCGCCGGAAAGGUCUGAUGAGGUGGUUCCGGCGGUGGUUACAUUUCAAAAACCAAAAAAUCCUCCUUCAUCCAAGAGGCAGAAUAUUGAUCAGAAGAAGAAAACAAAACUCCUGGCCGCCCUCAAGGCAAUUGAUGCCAAUGAGAGCUUUGAGAGUUAAGGUCAGGUGACUUCCCAUCAGGAGUGUGGGAUUCAUGUGAGAAAUUCUUGUAUUUUUGCGUGUUGAGAUUUGAAUAAAUUUAUUCCACAU